CGUCACGCCGGUGUAGCGUCUGGUCUGCUUCACUGAAGUAGUAGAAGAAUAACAGGGCUGCUUCUGGUCCUGGCUGACGUUUGUAGUCAUAUCAAAUAGGACUGCUGCCAGAAAAGACAGGAAAACCAGGAACGCAACUGGAGCGGCAGCAUUAACCCAGCUAGUGUCUGUCACCAUGUUGUCUGAGGGAUGCUCGUUCAUGAAGGGGAUGCUCGUGGGAGGCGUCUUCUGCUUGGUGCUGUCACUCCUUGGCAGCUUUAAUCCAAGUGCUGAGUCUAGCCCAGAAGAUCACCAUCAUCACCACAUUCAGGCUCCCAGUAAGGAUGAGCUGAAACACCUCUCUGACAGUCGAGUGGAGGAGUUGAAGAAUGAAGUGCGGGUCUACUGCGUAAUCAUGGUGCAGCCCAAGAAUCUCAUUUACUGGGCCACCACUGUGGACACUUGGAGCAAGCACUGCGACAAGCCUGUGUUUUACACCUCGGAGAACGCCAAGGUGUUUGAUGCGAUAGACCUGAAUGAAAGAGACGAUUGGGCGAGGUUGCGUAAAGCGCUCAUUCAUGCGUAUGAGAACGCCGAGGACCUGCGCUGGUUCUUUGUGGCCCAACCCACCACGUUUGCCAUCAUUGAAAAUCUGAAAUAUCUCAUCCUCACAAAGGAUUCCAAUGAACCUUUCUACCUGGGCAAUGCUGUGAAGUCAGGGGAGCUUGAGUAUGUGGCGUAUGACAGUGGGAUUGUACUAAGCUAUGAAGCUCUGAGAAGGCUAAUAAAUGUGUUUAAAGAUGAAGACAAAUGUCCAGAAAGAGGACGUGCACUGUGGAAGCUGGGUGAAGAUAAGCAGCUGGCAGUGUGCCUCAAAUAUACCGGUGUGUUCGCAGAGAACGGCGAAGAUGCACACGGGAAGGGCCUGUUCAACAGGCAGAAUGUGGACAACCUGAUAAAACAGGGCAUGGUAGACAACCCCAAUAAUGUACUGGAGGGCUGCUGCUCUGACUUGGCAGUCACAUUCAACGGGAUGUCCCCAAAUCAGAUGCAGGUUAUGAUGUUUGGAGUUUACAGACUUCGUCCUUACGGGCACAACUUUCAUGACUGGUUAACGUUUUACCCCCCUAAAGACUCAGAAAAUGAUUAGACUUGUUCUUUCAAGCUGGGUGUGGUAUUUUAAAUGUGGUGUUUCUAUGAUGGGAGACUUAACUUUGGGGAGAGGAUUUUCUAAAGCCGUUUAUAAAACUGGAUCUUGGGUGGAAAUAACACUUUUCUGUAAAUUUGUACCUUUUGCACUUGGCACAAUCAGAAGCCCCAUUCCUUCACUGUGUGAUUGAAUGGGUGUGUCAUCCUUUGAAUGCAGAUCAAGCCAGAUAACAAAAAAUAUGACAUAGUUUAGUUAUUGAUUUAUGUAUCUUAAAUGUCUUCUUUCUGCUCCUAAAGGUACGAAGUGAUAUAAGUUUCUGUAAUUUAAUUAUUUACAAGUGAACAACUUCCAUUUUGAUAAUGGAUAGAUCACCCUUCUGAUUUUAAAGAAUGUACAGAAGCACCAAUAAUCACUAUUGAGCCAGAUAUGGUGCAGUUCAGCUCUAAGUUUAAUGCAGGUUUUUUUUGUGUGUGUGUUUAUGUGUGCAAUGUUAUACUUGGUAAUCUCCAUAUAUGAAGAAUUUACCUUCAAAUGUAAAUAGACAAAGUAUAGCCUAUCCCACUGUUAAGUUUAAAGGUACAUUUUUUGUUUUAAAGUCAUGAGGGAGUCAAAGUGAUCAGAUAUGGUGAUUUUUGGAAAAUGAAAAGCAAAAUAAAAAUAAUUACUGGAUAAACUUAAUCUGGAUUUGUAGUGUUGAAUGAGCCAGUGAGGAUUUGUUGGAAUGGGGGAUCAACACACUCAGGCCUCUGCCACUCAGCCCUGAUUGCUUCCAACCUCAGUGCCUCCAACCACCAGUUGUGGGCCCACAGGACAGUGGGUUCAUGUUAUUUCUUCAGCGUUUUACCUUGCUACGCUGCGUGAGGCCUAGCCUGGUCAUUUGAAGCUCGCCUGCAAGCUCCCCUCCCAGGUCUGGCUCAAGGGCAGGUCCCUGGUU